AUGGCCAAGAUGGCAGCCUCCCUGGUAGAGAGUGGAGAAGAUGCGUUUAGAAAAAUGUUCAGGUUUUAUAAGAGAAGAAACCCACCGCCAGAUUUUAGCGAUGUCAUUGAUUUCUCCAAAGGUUUAUCGAGUGACAAGAUAGUUCCAGCUAUACUGGACCCUUCUGCAGUGAGUGAUGUGGAGGCUGCCAGGGUUGGAUUACAGUCUGUCAGAGACUGGAGAGCCUUCAGCCUGCAGGGCUACCCAGGGUUCAUCUUCAUCUCCAACCCGUUCCUGCUGGGCUCACAACCUUUCUGGGUCAGACAGUGUCUGAAGACCUACUCUCAGAAGCCCAAUGUCUGCAACCUGGACAUGCACAUGUCUCCCUCUGACACCCAGGACAUCUGGGGAAAGAGUGUUCAUAGCCUCAGUUCUCCUCACUCUGGAAAGAGAGAAACAAAGACUCUACUUGACACGCUGCGCUGGGUCACUCUGGGAUAUCAUUACAACUGGGAUACCAAGAUGUACUCUGCCAACCAUUACACUCCGUUCCCAGCUGAUCUCCACCUGCUGUCCUUCCAAAUAACAGCCGCCUGUGGGUUUCAGGGCUUCAAUGCAGAGGCUGGAAUCCUCAACUACUACCGAUCUGAUUCAUCUCUGGGAAUCCAUGUAGAUGAAUCAGAACUAGAUCACAGCCGACCGCUGCUGUCAUUCAGUUUUGGGCAGUCAGCCAUCUUCCUCCUGGGAGGCCUGCGCAGACAGGACCCCCCAAUUGCUAUGUACAUGCACAGUGGGGACGUGAUGGUGAUGUCGGGACAGAGCCGCCUCCUUUACCAUGCCGUCCCGCGCAUCAUUUUGGCACCCCGGGGAUGUACAGCUUUAGAGAUGGAAGGCUGCAGCCUGGCCUCACCUCAACAGGACCACUCUGUGGUGGAGCCGGUGUCAGAGAAGGACUGGGCCGUGUGCUCCAGGUACAUCCAGAGCUCCAGAGUGAAUGUGACUGUCAGACAGGUGCUGGGGCCUGGCCAGAGCUUCCCAGACACACCAUCUGCUCACCAAAGGACUGAUGCAGGUCAGACAGUGGGCUACCAUGACAGAGCAUCAGAUGGGGAGAGUGAGAACAGAAAGAGGAGUAGUAGCUGUGACUCUGUUGAUACUGCAGAGACAUGACACAGACCACCUGCUGUAACACUCACUUCUUCUUUGAGUCAGCCACUUUCCGACUAGGUAGUUAUAUUAUAGGAAAAGUCCACUUCUAAGCAGUUCUACUAACUACUCUCCCCCAAAACCGUUUUUUCAAUUUGCAUUCGCACUGGCCAGGUGGCC